ACCUCUUACUUUCUCCUUCUUUACCGAAACCGUUCCGAGUUUCCCGUCGGGCUCGCCACUGCCAUGGCCGUGGAUGGCAAUGAGACGAGAUACAGAUGUCUGCAGUUUUUGCUUAUUAAUUCACCUCUUAUGUUUGAAAGGCAGUGAGAGGAAGGAUUGCUCCUGGUCUAAGCUCAUUUCAUCUUUAUCUGAGGCCCUAAUUUGUUUUUAUGUCAGGACAGAAAUGCCUCUGUGUUUUGACAUGUGUUCCUUCCUUUGCUGUGGACAUACUACGGACUACAAAUAACAGAAAUUUAUUUAAAAGAGAUUUGUAUAUCUGUGAAGCUCAAGUGGAAUAUUAAUAUACUGUUUUCGCUAACCCAAUGGAAGGCAAGCGCCCCGCGAUGUUUCUGUAUUAACGGCGCUAAGUGGACUGUCGAGUGGUUUAGGUAGUUUCAUGUUGUUGGGCUCCAAUUCGUGUUCCUGCAACACGAAGCUGCCUUAAUCGCCCCAGUUAAAGUCGUCGCAGAUCCGAGGGGAAAAUGGGACUGCGGUAAAAAUCCUAGAUGUAAUUUUAAUUCCAAGAAGAGUGGCUGUUUUGUUUGUAAUUCCGUGUGUUCGUUUGGAAACGAUCAAGGUCACGUGUAAUCUAAAUUCAUUACUCCUGAAUUUGCUUAGGCUGUAUUUUCCUUCUCACCCUGGUUUCUUCCUUUUCGUUUCAUUUUUAGUAUUAUUGCUGUUUUCUGGGAAGCUGGCUCUAUUUCUUUAUGCAUUUUUAAAUCUAAUUCAUACUGAAAGCCAUUUUUCUUCAGUUUUAAAGACCGAAGGUGCGACGUGCCUGUGAAUCACAAAGUAUAUCACUUUUUUCGGGGGCUAAAGUGAUCUUCAAGGCAUGUUCAACAAGAGACAAAAAAAGAAGCGUGCACUUCUUGGAAACGGGGCUACUUUUUAAACCCGCUGUAAUCGAUGCAGACUCACAAGGCCUCGGUUACGAUCACAGGGACGGAGUCAGACUCCGAGCUGCCUCAGACACCAGAAUGUACAACAGCGACCUCGCUGGACCGCCUGCAAAGCGCCGUGGGGUCUGGCUCUGCAGUCCAAGCCUACAGCUAACAGGCCCUCUGUUGCCGACGUUCAGAUCAAGAGAGCUUCUUAUCUUCGGGAAAAUCACUAAAAAGUAUUUAGCUGACGUUCAAUGUAACUUGUCGACCACAUUAAAAACGACAUCUCCCUUUUGUGCCGAAAUCACAGUUUUGUAUUUUCUUCCAUCUGUGUUAUGUUGAGGCUGCACGGAUCCGCACUGCUCCUGUGUUCGUCGCUUUUCUUCUAAUGUGUUGCUUUGGCAGUUUCGUGUGUGACAUUGGGUUGCCUUGAUCUUCCUUCAGAUUGUAGAUACUGCAGAAACACAGAGAAUGAAGAAACUCGCAGCAGAAGAAACUAGUCUGACUGGCUAUUUCCCGCCCCGCUUUAAUUAAAUGGCACCUCACGGAUACUAUUAAUGUUUUAUUAAUAUAUUUACAUGAUCGUGUUUUUACGAAACUUUAAUAUUAUAUGAUCUCCAUAUCGCGUGCGUUGCUCUGCUUAUUUUGGGUUAUUUUUCCUUUGGCUUUAUGAUACGGCCAUAAACAGAGCAGUAAAGUGUGCACUGCUGAGCAGCGUGUUCUUGCUGCUGGUAGGACAGACAAAGGGAACGAUUCCUUCUGAUUCCGUUUCUCUUCGGACCCACUUUCAUUUUCGUUGCCUUCCUAGACUUUAUUUUGUCUGUACAGUUGUGAUCUGCUGUGGUUUCUUAUUGUAAUUUUAUUAUUCCUUUUGUGGGUUUGAACGGCAAAUUGGGCAGUUAUGUCGCAUUGUAUUUUAACUUCCCGGUUACAUAUAUUGUGUUUUUCUUUACCUGAAAUAUUUACCCUAGGUGGUUAAUGUAAUAUUAAUUCAAACUCUCAAACGUCCACGGCUACUGUGAAUAUUACUGAUCAACAGGAACGUCUGAACGUACCCUGUAAAUAUUCAUUUUGGCCAAUGAAAAGAAAUGCAGCCUUCCUCUUUUGUUUUUUCAUUUUAAUUGGAAGUAAUUACAUAGUCUAGUGUCAAAACAUAGAGCAGGAAACGGGGAUUAUACGCGAAAUACGUCCCCUUAUUUGUCGAUUGCAGUCAGCAGGCAAUGUCCCUUGCUAAACACUAAACACGCGUACAGCUAUUAUUAUUAUUAUUAAUAUACAUGUAAAAUGCUAGAUUAUUUUUAUAUAGUCUGAAUAAAACAUGCCAUGUUUCUGCUUCAUGGAUGUUUUUUUUUUAUAUUUUCAUAGUAGUACACAUAUGAAAAAUAUUGUUUCAGUAACCAGGAAUUGGAAUAUUGAAUAAUAUUUCGAUUUAAGUAGGUUUUCCUUCUGUUCUUCCCGUGCACAUUGUGUAUUUUCCUUUUAAACACGCCAGACCAGAUUAGUCAGAGGGGCCGAAUGACCUUUUUGCAAUCGUUUGCAAUUUUCUUUUAUUGGAGAGUUGGUAGCUCUGCUCAGGCUGAAAACAUACUUUGAAAAAACUUGAGCUCUUUUCCUUUUGUGAGUUUCGAGAUUUUAGUUAAUUAGUUCGCGUCAGGACAACAGAGUGAACAGCCGGCGAAUUUAUGCGGGACUCUGCUGUGCAGCUUUUCAAACCGAUGUUUUCAAUUUUAUUAAAAUAAUGGGAUAUCAAAAAGGUGACUUCCUUAGCUGAUAAUUCCGCACUUAAAGGACAAGACGACCCAUUCGACUCGUUCACCGCAGCCUCAGCAUUCAUUCUCGAAUGCAAACGGGCUUGAUUUCAGCAGACUCAGAACAUGACGAACUGUAAAACUACUGUUAAUAACUUAAAAGGUGGCUCGUACUAAGAUUGAACAGCAAUGAGAAGAAAUAAUAAUGCGACUGAGAUCUAAGGAUUUCAAAUAUGUUGUGCUUUAUUAGAACAUUUUAUUUCGUAUUUACUUCUUCAUUUCUAUUACAUGCUGGGCUGGUGUACCUUAUAAUGUAACUCUUCCAAAAGCAAAUCGGCGGACUGUAAGUAUAACCGAUAUUUGUUCGAUACUGAGUGACCGACACGAUAAAAAACUAAAAAGAUUAAAAUGUUUAAAAACAAACCUUAUAUUCUCACACAUCCUUGUUUUCCUGACAUGAAAUAUACGUGAACUCCUUUCUAUGUCCACACGAGUAUAUCUGCGAGCAUAGACGCAUAUGCGCACAUUUAAUUAUGUUUAUAAUUCAGUACUGGUAAGGUCAAGACUGAGGCAGCCUCAUCUGAAGUCAGGCCUUGGAACACUACAUCGGUUUAUGAAAGUACCUCUUAUAGCUUAAAUUUUAAAACAGUCAUUUCAAUUAAAUGUUCUCAUACGGACAGAUGUCAUUACUGUUUCCAUAUCACCUAAGCAUGUAAAAUGAAACGUUUAAACCAAAAAUGUGUUAUUUCUGCGGGUGAAGCACUUCCGACUUACUUGAACUCAAGGGUCCAGAUGUGAGCCUGACUUUUAGCUGGGCUCCGUUGUUCAGCAGUUACAUUUUCGCGUAGAAAAAUACACACGGAGAAGGGAUUUAAAUGCAGCUAUGAAAAAAAAUGUUUUUAACGGCGACACGCUUUCAGCAGUAGUUUGUGUGGUAUGGUAUCAUUCAUUCUACAAUUUAAUGUGAAGGUUAACGAUUAUAAGUUAUGCAGCAAAAAAGAAAAAUCCUAUGAUGGAUUGAUUAAUGUUGACAUGAAAUAGUCCCUUACAAGCCCCUCUGCAAAUCAGAGAUUUUAAUUUCUUUUGGCUAAGAUUAGAAUCAACUUUACUGUGUAUAUCAAAUAAUAUCCCAUUGCAUAAAAACAUAUGGCUUUCUAUAAAAAAUUAUGACUGGAAAACAGUGACCCUUUAACAGGCAGCGGACUGAUUUAUUCUUUAUUGUUCUGCCGUACAGUCACGUGGGCUUGCUGCCCAAUGGAAUGGCAGGAAUCGUUCAACUUAUUAGCUGACUGUAGUUCUUUGUGAGGCCAAGUUGCUACUUCAAUUCUACAGUUUCUUAUAUUGUGAAGAUAUAACAGUCUAUGUGUAUGUGUGAGUGGGUGUGUAGGGUUGGAUGCGUGUGUGUUUAUUGCAAUGUCGGCUUCAGGGACACUUAGUAAUUAUUAUGUGGACUCUCUCAUUUUUCACGAGAGUGAGGAUCUUUUCCAGCCCAGGCACCCCUCUGGUUCAGGGGUGCAGCCAGCGAGGCAGCCGGCUUUGAGUGAGCACAGCGACCUAGCCCCGUGCAAUUUCCAGCCGAAGCCCUCUGUGUUCGGCGCAUCCUGGAGCCCCGUUCAUGCUCAGCAGCCAAGCAACUUGCCCUCCGUUUACCACCCGUAUGUGCAUCACCAAGGUCCGCCGGGGGAGUCCGAUGGAGGCUACCUGCGGUCUUGGCUGUUGGAGCCCCUGUCUGGAUCUCUGCCUUUUCCCGGAUUACCGUCAAACAGGCAGUACGGGAUCAAACACGAGCCGCUGAGCCGGAGAGGUGACUGCACAGCGUAUGAUAAUCACGCUGCGGUCCUGUCCGAGUUCUCAAGCGGGUCUCCUCCUGCGGAGAAAGAGGAACAUCCCACCGAAACGGCCUUUUCUGACACCAACGGCGAGGGCGCGUCGGCCGAGGAGAAAGCUGCAGCUGAUACAAGUGAGUGCUGUCUGUUUGAAUACAUAUAUGCCACGGUGAAGGCAGAACAACACGAGUUCUCCCGAGAUAAUCCCGCAUCAAACUGGCUACAUGCAAGGUCGACAAGAAAAAAGCGCUGCCCGUACACUAAGCACCAGACAUUAGAGCUGGAGAAGGAGUUUCUCUUUAACAUGUACCUCACCAGAGACCGCAGAUACGAAGUGGCAAGACUCCUGAACCUAACUGAAAGACAAGUAAAGAUCUGGUUUCAAAACAGGAGAAUGAAGAUGAAGAAAAUCAAUAAAGAACGACCCAAAGACGAUUGAUAUUAAAGAACGCUGCAAAAAGAGUAUAUCAUUAAAACAUUUUGCUGUUUUUAUUUUAAAGAUGCAUGCCCCAAAUCAUGCAUCUUUUAUUAUUAUUAUCUCGAUAUACUCUUUUUUUAUAUUGAACUACCUUGCGCUGCACAGUUCCGCGGUUUGUACUCUUACUAAAUUAUUUUCUGUGCUGCAGACACGUUUGCUGCCAUACUUGAAAUCGUGACUUCUGUGUUGUAAGUGUUUGUAACUGGAAAUUGUCGUUUUUGCUGUUUUGAUGAUAGAUUCUCGAUUUAUCUCAGGUUGCAAAUCGGAGCGUCGUUUAAGCUGUUGUUAUUUUGAAUAUUAGAACUCAUAGAUGUACGUUAGCGAACAAAACACCAGUAGAGUUGUUAUAAUUAGUGAAAUGUUAAUAAUGUUUUAGUUUUUUUAUUGGGCGCAUGUGUUUAAGUGGACUCUAAUUCAAAAUAUAUUUAAUUACAUUAAAAAUAGUGAUAUGCUCUGUGUCAAAAUACAAAAGAGAAUGUCGUAGAUAUUAUAUAACAAUAUGAAAUGUUUUUACUACCUAUAUGUCACGAAACUACCUAUAUUCGUGAAAAAUAGUCUUCAAGAUUUAACUUAAUGUUAUCGCAUAGCGCUUUAAAAGAUUUAACAAGUAUUAGAAUAAAAACUGGAAUAUACACAAUUAAGGGGCAGUUAUUUGUAAGAAAUCACUGUACAGGCAACAUUGUGGAAUUAUUACCUCAUGACCCGAUGACCAAACGUCUCUGUUUUCAAAUGUAGUUCGUAUUUUAAUAAUAAAAAUGCAUCUCAAAAUGCUUUCGCGUA